GUGUCUUUACCCUGAGCUAAAACUGGAAGAUGACUCCACUCCGCCACCAUGCGCCGCCGCCAGGGGUCGCUGAUGCCCCGUCUCCAUCCUCUGGUUUGCCCGUCUAUUGGCGGACUGCCCGAGAAGAAAUGUUGGCAAAACACCCCCUCCUCAUCGUGUAGGAAAAAAUGGCGGACAAGCGCUAGAUCCCCAUCAGAAACAAACAGAAACACGUUUCAAAGCAAGGCAGACGUCUUCGGAUACACCGAGCAUCGGCUUCGGCGUUGAACCCACGUUAGCACCGACUAGCUCCGGCGCGCUGCACGAGGUCCCGCGUAGGUGCGGAACAAAGCGGGCGCGAGCGGCCGGAGGGAGCGGCUGCCCGCGGGUCCGUGCCCAACGCGCUCUCCCGGGCGGAGAAACGGGGAGCCGGUCGCUUUAAGCCGGACGCCAGCCCCCGCGGCGGAGGGAAAAAGGCGCACUUCUACCGAGAGGCAGCGGAGCGGAGGGACGCGGCCCAUCGGUUAUGAAGGCGUAAGAGCGGGAGGUCACUGUUGCACCCUAAGCUUGGUCAGUACUGUUGGAGCAUGAGGAAACCUGUGCCACAGAAAGCUGUAGAGUGGAAAGAUGCCAGAAGGAUCAAACAUGCCCGAAGUGGACGGCCCUCUCGGGUGCCAUCACAGUACCAAGGGCACUUCAGUUGGGAUAAAUAUCUGAAGGAGACAGGUGCCACUGCUGCCCCAGCAUCAUGCUUCAAACAGAGUCUUACGCCACCGGUUAAUGAGUUCAAGGCCGGCAUGAAGCUGGAAGCCCAGGACCCACGGAACACCACGUCCACCUGCAUUGCCACGGUAGUGGGCCUGACAGGCUCGCGGCUGCGGCUCCGCCUGGACGGCUCCGACAACAAGAAUGACUUCUGGCGACUGGUGGACUCCUCGGAGAUCCAGCCCAUUGGCAACUGUGAGAAGAACGGUGGGAUGCUUCAGCCACCGCUCGGUUUUCGUCUCAAUGCGUCUUCCUGGCCCAUGUUUCUUCUGAAAACCUUAAACGGAGCUGAGAUGGCGCCCUCCCGCAUCUUUCACAAGCAGGAGCCUCCCUCCCCGGAGCAGAACUCCUUCCAGGUGGGCAUGAAGCUUGAAGCCGUGGACCGCAAAAACCCCCACUUCAUCUGUCCAGCCACAGUGGGCGCUCUGCGUGGUGUCGAGGUGCUGGUCACAUUCGAUGGCUGGCGCGGAGCCUUCGACUACUACUGCCGUUACGAUUCGCGUGACAUCUUCCCCGUUGGCUGGUGCACGCUCACUGGAGACAACCUUCAGCCACCUGGAACUAAAGUAGUGUUGCCUAAGAGCCUUGGGUCACUGACAGAGGGGAGCGUGGAGAGCACAGCUAUGCACCCAACCCCAACGGUGGGACGACCACCAGGUCAGAGAGGCCGUAAGCCAGGCCGCAGGAAAACCAAGGUGACGGGGCCCUGGGCUCAGAAAGGCUCCGUACUGGGACCACAGGGCAUCCAGCCAAGCAAAGAACUGGGGCCCAUCAAGAUCCCCAAGAAACGAGGGCCCAAACCUGGCAGUAGGUUGGGUUGGGCAAAGAGAGCCGGGUGGCUAGACGACGCCAUGGCUGGACCAGGACGGCCGGCGACGGGCCCGGGGCGAACCAGGGGCAGACUGCCAGCCAACUGGGCUCAGAGGAUCGCUCUGCAGCAGGCCCACACUCAGGCACAACCUCUCAAGAUCCCAAAGAAAAGAGGACCCAAGCCAGGCAGCAAGAGGAAACCACGUGUGGUUCCUAACCCAGUGCCCACGUCUCCCACCAGCAGCACCCCAGAGCCUGACACCAGCACUGUGCCUCUGGAUAACGCAACCAUCCCCAACUCUGCACUACAGGCCCCCACAGUUUGUGUGUACCUAAAUAAGUACGGCAAGGUGGGACCCCAUUUGGACCAGAGGCGCAUCCAGCAGCUGCCAGAUCACUUUGGACCCGGCCGGGCCUCUUCGGUGCUGCAGCAGUGUGUCCAGGCUUGUGUGGACUCUGCCCACAACCAGGCUACUGUCUUCUCCUGCCUCAAGUCUGGACAAGGUGGCGAAGUCAUUUCUGCCUACUUCGAUCAGCAGCAGCACACCCUGACCCUGCCUACAGUCAGCAGCGUCACCUACGUUCUCCGCUUCCUGGAAAAACUCUGCCACAACCUUCACUGUGAUCCUCUGUUUGGCAGUCAGCCCGUAGCCAGGGGAGGCCUGCACUACGACCACACCCACACAGAUAGAAGAGGUUUCUCUGACAGCCUGACAACAGGCCCAGGCCGAGGCACCAAGCGGUUCCUGCAGGACUACAAAAGUCCUUUGCCUCAAAAGCUGCCCAAAAUCCCCCGUCACUCCAUCGAUGGCGAGUCCUUCGUGGAGGGCAGUGUUUCUGCAGCAGAGCACUUAAAGAAGAGUCCCCUCUCUCCAAACGCGUCUGGACUGACAUCCGGCCUGAGGUCCAAUUCAAAGCUGCUGCAUCAUAGCUCCACAGGCUCCGGUAAUUUCCGAGAGAGUCCAAAGCCGAGUGGUCAGGACCCCAACCUGUGGACGGUGGAGGAUGUCAUGCAGUAUAUCAGGGAUAUCGACCCGGUUCUGGCUCCACACGCUGACCUUUUCCGAAAACACGAGAUCGACGGGAAAGCGCUCCUGCUGCUGCGUAGUGACAUGAUGAUGAAAUACAUGGGCCUGAAGCUCGGCCCGGCUCUCAAACUCACCUUCCACAUUGACAAGCUCAAACGGGCUUGAGGUGCUCAGCCAACCAGCCGCAGCCUUUUAAAAGGACUAAUCUGCAACCUCACCUCUCCUGCUCUAGGAUCAGUAUAUCAUGCACUACAUUGAACACUAUAUACUGACCAUUUACAUGUAGCAGCUUCCAUCAGAUCACCUCAUCAGUCAUUACAUACUCGUGUCCUGACCUCAUCCAAUGAGCAGGAUUUCUUUUGUGUAGCACAAUCCAGCCUUGAGGCAGCAUGCGAAACUUGGCUCAUCCACUUAAUCUAUUUUGCAUUUCAGUAUAACUUGAAAAGUUGUGUGUGGCCAUUUUAACUGUAAAGGGCUUUUUUUGGCCUACUUUUAUUACAUUGCAUUUAUUCUGUACAUUUCAUAUUUUCUACUUCUUGAAUAUAUGAACUUGUAUUUUUGCCUUUUCAACAUUUUGUGUUGGAUAUGCUAAAAGAACACUAAGUCAUUACACUCAUCCCAAUAGUUGGGAACGUUUCUCAUUAAAGUCUCUGUUUGAGGCACAAUUUUGCAACUACAACAAUGUUAAUUAUAUGGAGGUAAAAACGUGAUUUAUGAAAGGAAGUAAAAAAUUUAUUAUGAACUUAAUGCCAUGAGGAAAUUUGUUGUCUUAUUCUUGAUGUUGUUUACGAUGCCUUGUCUUGUCUUUAUUUGUACUUUUUUAAUUUUUUAUACUAUAUUAUUAGAGUUCCUACAUGGAGAGCCCUAUCAUACUUAACAUUGUUCAAUAAAUAUAUAAUAAAUUAAA